AUCAGCUAACAAAAUUCAUUGUGUACAACAAAAUUCCUGAAAGUCGAACAAGCUUGAACUACGAAGCAAUGAAGACACGGAAAAGAGAAAAGAAUAUGACAAGUGAAGAGUUUGAUAAAAGACUGUUACUUUUGUCACCCGAUUUGGAGAAAAUGUACGAAGAGCGAGUGCUGUAUGCAAGAAAUAAAUUUCUCUCGACUUCUAAGCCUGCUGUGACAGGCGGGAAGCCUAUAACUGAGGAGCUUGCUAUCGAGCUUCGUAUGACCACAUUUGGUACAGCGGCGUGCCCGCCGCGUGGAGAAUGGAUACAUUCACCGUUGGUCCUUCGAGCACCCGACCAGCCGCUCGCUUACGGUCUGGCCGCACCGCGUAACGGCACUCGAUCUUUACUCUCCGCUCUACAGGCCCAUCUUAUCAAGUGGCUACUUUUUGAUUCUAGACCAAUGACAAAGGAUAACAAGUCAACGGAGCCUCCUGAAAGCUAUUUGCGUCCGUCAGACGAACGACAGGAGGAAGCACUUUGGCGGGCAUGUAGUGAAGUGAUCUGGCGCUGCGGCGGAGGAUUUAAUUCACAGAAUACACCGGAGACAAAGGUUACAGUCGCUCUGCCUACAGGGAAAACGUACGUGCAGCAUAGUGCAUCGUAUUAUCAGGAUGGUGUUACUGAAAAGCUGCAUUUAUUUGAAUUCAACAAGUUGGAAGAUUUGCAGAUCUUUAUAAAGCGGUACAUGUAUGUGUUUCUUCUGGAGGAAGGAGCUGGUGCGUUAUUAAUUCUUUAUGCUGCUGUAUUAUCCAGAGGAUGUGAGAAUAUCAUGAAGGAUCUUGAUGGUAAAUUAAAUUAUUUGGUAUCAACCCAAGUGGAAGGUUCCAUCAAUGUGACAAUGUUGGUCCUCACUGGUAGAGCUACUCCGUAUCUUCACAAUGGCGUUAUGUACGUUGGUGAUGAGGAUCAUUAUGCUAUGCCGCAGUUUGGAGUACUGUUUAGAAGUCUCGUUGGCCUGCUGGUCUGGUAUGGAAGUGACGACAACAGCUCCGGCCAUCUCACCAAGCAACAUCCUGGCUCCAGAUUGAAGACACCAGCUUUGCCUAUAUGGGUGACCUGCUGCUCUGGACAUUACGGCGUAUUGUUUAAUACGAAUCGAGAAUUACUCAGAAAUUAUCAUGCUGAACGUCGGUUCGACAUACAUUACUACACGUGUGGUGGAUGCCACGUGCUCCUCAACGUGGACACUAGAAGCCACGAAGACGUCGUCGGCGGUCUACGCUCUGAUGACAUCAGCGCAACGCCCUUGGAGAAACUCAUUCAUACCAAAUGGCAAGAUGCGAAGAUAACAUGGACCGGAACUGUGCCACAUAUUGGAGAAAGCCCAAAAUGAAAUGAUGAAAAUUCAUAUUUACUAGUCUUGAAUACAUAGUAAAUUGAACAUAGAACAUAGAACAAUUAAAUAGACAUGCAAGUCAAAAAUAGAAAAUGUAAUAGCACAUUUUAGGUGUGGGAAGUUAGUAGAAACUGUUAUUUGCAUUGAAUAACUAAUCGUGGG